CAUGUUUCCGCGGUGGGUUGUGUUCGUUUCUCAAACUGCCAUCGACAACAACAGAGAGGGUUUGCAUUACCUGACAAGGAGGUACUGCUAGUUUUUUCGAUACCUAGUUUUUGGUACAGGCUUGCUUUUCGUCUGCUGGUGCCUGGCUGCAGCAGGGCGACAUGCCGGGCAGAAAAAACAGGAGGCCACCAGCGCCCAAAGGCCAGGGUGCUGCUGCAGCGAAACAGAUGGGGUUGUUCACGGACUUCAACCCCGAGGAAAUGAUGAUGGACAUGGACGGGAAUCUUGAUGACCCAGACUUGGAAGCAGAGUUUGCUGCUAUUGUUGGUGGAAGUAAAGCCGCCGCUGCUGGUGGAAGAUCAAAACCAAAAGGCAAGACCCCCUUACCAAUGGAGGAUAUAGAGAAAAUGGCGGAAGAAUGCAUGAGAGACUCGUAUGAAGAUGAUGAUGAAGAUCUGGAAAAUGACGAAGACUUAUUGGCAGAGCUACAGGAAGUUGUGGGCGAGGAGGAAGUAGAAGAUGAAGGGAAAGAAUCACCUACAUCACCUACACCACCUACACCUGUCUCCACGGCAACCUCUCUGGCAGAAACGCCUGAAUCGUCACAGCAGCAGGAAGUGACAGUCACAGCCACUCCUGGCAGUCUGCAGCACACCUUGGAGGAGCGGAUCAGCAUGUACAAGACCGCCAUCGCCAACGCCAAGGCGGCAGGGGAGUCCUCCAAAGCUGGCCGAUACGAACGAGGCCUCAAGACCCUCGAGACCAUGCUUGUGUCUGUCAAGAAAGGGAGGAAGAUUGAGGAAGGGAGUAUCCCUCCUCCGGUGGCCAGUGGGGCCCCUAGUGCCCCCCCAGCUGCAGGUGCGCCCGAGCCAGCGCCUCCCGAACAAGCGGGGGAGGCGCCUGAGGAGAUGCAGGCCGUUUCCCCGGAGACCGGGCCUAGCAGCGUGGCCUCCUCCACCUUAGCCUCACCAGAAUUGAGCUGCGCUACCUCCCCAGCUGAGGAGAACGGCCCACAGGAGACCGCAGAAUCUCACACAGAAUCCACAGCCAGCCAGCAGCAGGCUACCAAGGAGAUGCUUCUGGGGCGGCAGAGGGAAUACAAGCUGGCAGCCCUGAAAGCCAAGCAGCAAGGAGACCUCGAGGCAGCCAAGCUGCUCAUCAGGACCAGCAAGAAAUUCGAAGCGGUGCUAGAGGCCCUGGAGAACGGACAACCCGUUGACCUGAGCAACAUGCCACCGCCUCCUGGAGUAGUGGAGGCCCAGGAAACCACAUCCACCCCCAGCCCAGUGAAGGAGCCCGCCCCUCCGGCCUCUGUCGCCCCAGCUGCUCCUCCUCAGCCCAAGGAUGUCCUGGAGGCCCUGGAGCAGAGGAUGGCUAAGUACCAGGAGGCCUGCGCUCAGGCCAAGGCUGCAGGAGAUGACCGCAAAGCCCGCAUGCAUGAGCGCAUAGCCAAGCAAUACCAGAGUGCCAUCCGGGCACACAAAGCGGGGAGGCCUGUGCACUACGAGGAGCUGCCUGUCCCGCCAGGUUUUCCUCCAAUCCCCGGCCAAGCGGAUCCAGGAGCGGAGCAGGGCUUUGCUGCCGUGCUGGACGCAGCAACCAAGCUGGUGUCGGACGAGGCCCAGGAGGCGGAGGAGGGCGAGGAAGAGGAGGCCAAAGAGACCAAGCCUCCUGCCGCCCAGACGCCCAAAAAACCCAUGCUGGCUGUACCCCCCACAGUGCAGGGUCGUCAGAAGUCCCCCUCGCCCUCUCUCGAGAGGCUUGCCCAAAAGGAGGGCUUGUCUCCGACAGCCCAGCAGCAGGUGGACUUCCUGGAGGGCCGGAAGAAGCAGUACAUGAAGGCCGCCCUGCUGGCCAAGCAGAAGAACGACAUGGAGCAGGCCAAGGUCUUCCUGCGCGCCGCCAAGGGCUUCGACCCCAUGAUCGAGGCCGCCAAGAGCGGGAAAGCCGUCGACAUCUCCAAGGUCCCGUCUCCUCCCGGGGAUGAAGAUGAAGACUUCAUCAUGGUGCACCACAGCGAUGUUCAGCUCUCGGAGAAGGCCGAGGAGGUUUACGCUCAGCUCGCCAAGCUGCUCAAGGAACAGUAUGAGAAAAGCAUGAUGUACUCCAAGCAGUUCACUCACCUGGGGAACAUUACGGAGACCACCAAGUUUGAGAAGAUGGCGGAGAGGUGUAAGAAGAACCUGGAGAUCCUGAAGCUGUCCCAAGCACGGGGGCUGGACCCCCCCAAACAUCACUUUGAAGAGAGGACCUACAAGACAGUCAGGAUCUUCCCAGAUCUGAGCAGUACAGAGAUGGUGGUGGUGAUAGUUAAAGGGAUGAAUCUCCCAGCCCCUCACGGCAUAGCGACAAACGACCUGGACGCUUACGUCAAAUUCGAAUUCCCGUACCCCAGCACAGACCAACCGCAGAAGCUCAAGACCAAUGUCAUCAAAAACACAAACUGCCCAGAGUACAACCAGAGCUUCACGCUGAACAUAAACCGCAACCACCGCGGCUUCCGCAGGAUCGUCCAGUCUAAGGGCCUCAAACUGGAGGUGCUGCACAAAGGGGGCUUCCUCCGGAGUGACAAGCCUGUGGGGACGGCCCACCUGAAGCUGGAGAAACUGGAGACGGAGAGUGAAGUGCGGGAGAUCGUGGAGGUGAUUGACGGACGGAAGCCCACGGGGGGGCGGGUGGAGGUGAGGGUCCGCCUGCGGGAGCCGCUGAGUGGACAGGACCUCCAAACCAUCUGCGAGCGCUGGGUGGUGCUGGAGCAGCCCCAGGUUGUUCUAUAAAGCUGCUCCUCAAAGUACAGAAACCCUCUCACAAGCUGGAGAGGCCCUAGGCGAGGGGCGAGAGGACACAUUGGGAAGGCGGAUGUUGAGUGUGGCUGUCGGUGGUAUAAAAACCGCCCUCGAUCGUCCAGACGGCGAUUGCAGAAUCCGCUGUUCCACACGACCCCUGACAAACCUCCUGCACACGGAACGAACACAGCGGUGGGGCCCUGGCGGAAAUGGCAUGUCUCCUCGGAAAGAAGUUCAGUGCUUCUAGUCUCAAGGUUCAGGAUUAGGAGUUAAACAGAAGCUCUUAGAAAUUAGCUGCCUUGUGCAAAGGGUUUUUUUUUUUUUCUAGGCAUUUCAAAUUAGCCAUAGCAUCCUAUCUGGGAGAUUUUACGAGUUGAACGUGGAUGUGAUUUGAUAUGCACUUAAGCACUAAAACCAAAGUAAUCACUGUUGCUGUAUUAAUACAAAUAAAAAUAAACAUUAAUAAACGACUUUAGCUGCCAAACUGGCGAUACACAUAAAGCACCCCAGUUCGUAGACCGUGAAUUAUGUUGGUGCUGUUAAUCUAUGCAAGUUCUUAUUUUCUCGAUUUUGCAGUUGAAAGUUUAUCAAUACCGUGUGUGAGUCCACCUAGAUGAUCAGUUUUCUUUUAAUGUUGCAUACAUUUCACUUGUGUGAUUUUUGCUUCACUUCAACUGGACAAAGCUGGCUGGACACACAGAAUGUCACCAAACACAACCACUGAACGUGCUGCUGAGAUUCAGGUAAACGCGCUUGGCUGAGAUCGUGUGCCAGUACGUAAUUUAAAGCCAUCAACUUUAUGUAUCUUAUCGAAAUCAGGGAAAGCAAUUUUGGAGCGAGGGACCGGUACUUUCAUUCAGAAAGGAAGAACUGCUACAGUUCACUUCUAAAUUCAUCUUCUCUAGCCAGUAUCAGCCUUGGAGUAAUCGAGUUAAGAGUUGAAGAGAGGAGUGCUCAACUGGAGAACUGGUUUGUGUGCCGAUUGCCUUGGUUAACAUGGCCAAAUGGAUGCAUCCAUACAAAGUAUUGCCAAAUAUGUCAUUAAAUUAUUAUUAUUGGGCUGUCUCUAAUAUUUAAAUUUCAGGAACCGAUAGACCUUCCUAGUGCAACCCCACUCCAAGUGCACUUUUUAACAGUUUACAGAAUUUUUCUUUUGUUUUUUUUUUUCUUCGGGACUUUGCAAAUGGAAAUGAUAUUCUUGCUUUUAUUUAGAAAUGAGUUUGCACAGAAAAUAUUUACUUCUGGUCUCUACAGACCCCAGCGUUUAGAGGGAAUACAGGUCAUUAACAGUAAAAAUGUAAUAACAUUUCCUAUGUUUUAUUUCUGUAUAUUUCAGACCAUUAUAGCAAAGGCUGCAGCAGUAUUGUAAUGCUUCAUUGCAUGUUCUUGUCUCACUAUUUCCAGGUUGCUGUAUAUCCAGUUUUUCAUCUUUACAUUGUUACCAUGAUGUUAAGCCAUGUGUGUUUGUACAGAGCAGGUUGUGAAUUUCGGAGAGGGGGGGGUACAUGUACAUUUAGUUCAGGCGAAGCAGUGUGGAGUGUAAAUGUGCUAAUGCCACAGACUGCUGCGGUUGUACGGUGUGCAGAAAGAGACGAGUAGCCGGGACUUGCCCUGUGUUUACACAUCGGUGACGUCAGCUGACAGACUGCGCAAACAGCAGACAUGACGCCAACCACACCCCAGCUCACAGCCAGUGUGCUGUGCUCUUUAGCGCCCUCUGCUGCCCUAGAAUAAUGCUACUGCACUCCAAAUGGCUUUGACACUUUACUCUGUAAAUCUAUUGCAUACGGAUUUCAAUAAAAGUUACUUUGAAUGAG